AUGAUUUACAUUAACUUUCCACUGGUUUACUCUUAUUUGGAUAUAGGCAAGAUCUUUCUGAAACCACUAGCUAGUUCAGUGUGUAUCUUUGCCGUUCUUUGCUUCUUCCAAAAUCUUGAAAGCAUUUUUUAUUUCUCUCAAGAUGUUCUUCUUUGGAUCGCUUAUGCUUGCUCUACUAUAACUAUCUUUACAUACUUGACCGUGGCUACUUUUUUAGAAACAAUUAUAAUCACUGUUCUUUUUCCGUUCAAGCUACUCUAUAAAAUUGGAAGCUUAUCAGUGAACGCAUCAAUUGUUGCUGUUCAGAAGUUUAUUAUAUAUGCAUCCUGGAUCUUAGGCUACCAAGAAACGCUUCAAGUUUGGUCUCAAUUUAAAGAAAGCUCACUGUACGAUUCAAAGUUUUAUAAACUUGAAAGCUGUUUUAGAAAAUUCCCCUCAGUUACCGCCUAUAUCUAUUGCCUAGAUGGAAAAGUGCAAUUAAUUUGGCGUUAUGGACAACUCGAGCACUUAACCCCGAUCAUUGAUGGCCCAUACGUUGAGGCAGAUGGUGAAAAAAUAUCUUUUAAUGUGAAUGGAAAGAAUGCGAAAAUGCAACAGAUUGUACGUGAGUAUUUUCAUAAUGAAUAUAGCUCAACCACUCAUUUAUUUCGCUGUAAUCAAAUUUUUAAGCUGUACUGUCUGAGUGGCAUCAAAACAGAUUUUUUUCCAGGACUUCUCGAGUACGAAACAUCAACAGGCAAACUUAACAUUGCUCAGAAAGAAACUAUAGAACGAUCUAGUGAUCAAGUGAUAAGUGAAAGCGAAAUAAACGAUACUUAUGCAGAUACAGAUUAUUGGAAAUCAAUUUUUGAAGAAGAAGAAUCAAGGAUAUUAUUUGAAUGGGAUGAUGAAACGGAGAAUGAUGCAGAACUAAACAAUAGUGAGAAAAAUGAAGAGGAAAAUUAUAAAGAUCAAAGUCAAGACACGAUUGCAAAGAUAUCUUCCGAAGACGAAGGGUUGAAUAGAAAUCUUUUGCCAGCUCUACUUUUUUCAGAAGACUCAACAAAAGAAAGGGACUUAGUAAUUGAAGCGACAAGCUUUGUAAAACAAUCGGAUACGCAAGACUGCACCUUUAACCUUGGAUAUGAACUUGAAGAAGAUUAUGGUAAAUAUGAAACACAAUGUGAAAAAGACUACGAUCCAAAUUUGUUGCCUAUAUUACCAAUCUAUGAAGAAGCACAAAACAAAACAUUAGAGAGGGAAACUGACUAUAAACAGACACACGAUUUUCAAAAUCAUGCAACACAGUGUGAAGAAGAGGAAGAUUCAUGUUUACUUCCAAUAAUACCGAUCUAUGGAGCAGCAGAAAGCAAGGCAGAAAAAAAGGAAGCUAAUUACAAUCAGAGAGACUUUUAUGAAAAUUAUGAAUUAAGCUGUGAAGAAGAGAACGAUCCAUGUAUGCUGCCAAUAAUUUCGAUCUUCGGAGAAACACAAGGCAAGACAAAUGAAAGCGAUAACCAAAUUGACAUUUCAACGUCAGAGUCUACACAAGGUGCCACCAUUGAGGAAGAAAAAAGCGACGAGAAAGACAUGUUUCCUUCCACGAACAAGUUGAUUCUUGAAUGCCUAGACUAUAUGAAAGUGAACUGGGGACUUGAUGAUAAGGAACACAAGGAGGAAGAUAACAGUUUAAACGAAAUAAGACUAGAAAAGAGAAAUGACAAUGUACAACAACCAGGUUCGAACGGAGUAAAUACCGCCAAAGAAGUGAUUGCUGAUUUCAGUGACAGCGAGAAUAUUCGACCUCUAAAUCCUAAUUGGGACAGUACAGAAGAAGAAGAAGAUGAUGAUGAUGAUGAUAACGGAGUUAUGAAAUUCGAAAAGCUACUUUAUGAGCCCUUUGAUGAUGAUAAUGGAUUCUAUCUCGAGCAAACCGAGCAUUAUUCUGGCGAAAGGGAAUCAUAUAAUGAAACAGAAAAGCCAUUAAGGAAAGGAAUGGAGAUAGACAAUCUUCAGUUUAUGGAUGAAGAGAAAAAUAAAACAUUGAAAAUGCAGUUGUGCAUGAGUUUUUUAACUGAACGAUUUCUUCAACCCUAUCAAACCGAAACAGAUAUUCCUUAUGAUGACAAAGAAGCAGAAUGCAGGCAAUAA